GGGGAGAAGGAUUUUUGGGGGGGGCCCUUAACAGGACUUAAAGGACCUUUUUUUUUCUGGGAGAGACCUCCAGUCAUGAUUCUGCUCUCAUCACGAAGUGUAUUACUGUCAGUGUAUUACCCCCAGAUAUUCCUCAUCCUUACCAGUGGCAGUUACCUAGCUUUGUCAUCCGUGGUGGCUUUGGGAGCAAACAUCAUCUGCAACAAGAUUCCAGGGUUGGCGCCUCGGCAAAGAGCCAUCUGCGAGAGCCGCCCGGAUGCUAUUAUAGUUAUUGGAGAAGGGGCACAGAUGGGGAUCAAUGAAUGCCAGUAUCAGUUCCGCUACUCCCGAUGGAACUGCUCAGCACUCGGAGAGAGGACAGUAUUCGGACAAGAGCUACGAGUAGGUAGCAGGGAAGCUGCUUUCACCUAUGCAAUCACCGCUGCCGGGGUGGCUCAUGCAGUGACUUCUGCCUGCAGCCAGGGAAACUUCAGUAACUGCGGCUGUGACCGGGAAAAGCAGGGCUACUACAACCAGGAAGAAGGAUGGAAGUGGGGAGGAUGCUCGGCCGACAUCAAAUACGGCAUUGAGUUCUCCAGGAAAUUUGUGGAUGCUCGGGAAAUAAGGAAAAAUGCCCGACGGCUCAUGAACUUACACAACAACGAGGCUGGAAGAAAGAUACUCGAAGAGCAGAUGAAACUGGAAUGCAAGUGCCACGGAGUGUCAGGCUCCUGUACCACAAAGACCUGCUGGAACACUUUGCCCAAAUUCCGGGACAUCGGCUUCAUUUUAAAAGAGAAGUACAACGACGCAGUGCAUGUGGAAGUGGUGCGGGCCAACCGGCUCCGUCAGCCCACCUUCCUCAAGAUCAAAAAGAUCAAAAACUACCAAAAGCCCAUAGAGACAGACCUGGUCUACAUUGAGCGAUCUCCGAACUACUGCGAAGAAGACAGUGCCACCGGUAGCGUGGGGACUCAAGGGCGGCUGUGUAACCGCACCUCUCCACACGUGGACAGCUGCAAUCUUAUGUGUUGCGGCCGAGGGUACAACACCCACCAGUACACCAAAGUUUGGCAGUGCAACUGUAAAUUUCACUGGUGCUGUUUCGUCAAGUGCAACACAUGCAGUGAAAGGACAGAGGUUUUCACUUGCAAGUAACGCAACCUACCAGGAAACCUAAAGCAGGACCACUGUGGCUCCAUUUUGCACACUUGAUUUUCUUUUUCUAAAGAAAAUUACACCCUUACAGGCAGGGAGGGGGAAACGUUUCUUUCGUUAACCAUUGGCUGUUCCGUCGGGAGAAUGGCACCUUUACACGCUGGAGGGUUUUCGUGUAGUUAUUUAUAAAAUGUACGUCACGCAGAGGAGAAUAAAAUAAAAAAAAA